GAUAGUUUGAAAAAGGUUGUUGAAAAGCCAUCCCUCUUUCCCCCCUCCAUCCUGUAUUUAAAGUCCCACAAUACUCCAAGAAUUGAAACAGAGAAAGAAGAAGGAAGAAGGAGGUAGCAAUGGGUGAUUUGGUAAUAUAUGUAGGGGAUGAUGAUUGCGAAAUAGUUUGUGGUGCAAUGUGUUUCUGCAGAAUUUGCCAUGAAGCAGAGUUUGAAAGCUCCAAGAUCUUGGAAGCUCCUUGUGGAUGUUCUGGGACUCUCAAGCUGGCACACAGAGACUGCAUACAAAGAUGGUGCAAUGAAAAAGGAAACACAAUUUGUGAAAUUUGUUUACAGAAGUUUGAAGAUGGCUACACGGCUCCACCUCCCAAGAUGCUUCAGACACCACCUGUCACCAUUUGGGAGAGCUCGGAAAAUCCAAGAAUAGAAGAAAAUUCGAGAGUAGCGGGUGAAGAAGAUGAACGAUGUUCAUUGAAUGAUGUACAUAAAUUUGCCUCUCGUUGUCGCAUAGUUGUCCUUAUUCUGACAUUUUUGGUCCUAAUGGGGCAUCUAUUUGAGUUGCUCGCCGGUGAAGCAAGAGGUUACCCAUUUUCACUUAUCACGGUUGUGGUUAUAAAGGCCGUUGGCAUACUGCUGCCAGCAUACCUGCUAAUUCGUAUAAUCACACUUAUCCAGAAUGGUGUAAUUAGGCCGCAUUUGGAUUUUGGAGACACAAUUGGCUAUCAUAUCGCCCGCAAUUAAUUGAUUUUAUUUUUUAUUUUGAAGUAAAUGUAUUAUUCAAUUAAAGUACGCGAUGAAUUUAAUUGUACAAUUAUUUUAUCUGAUUAUAUUAAGAAGAUGUAUACGUCGUGUGAUGUAACAAAUUUAAAUUGGUGCAUUGUGAAACAAAUUUAUUUUGUUACGUUUA